GUUUCUGAUCGGAGUCGGGACAAGACAGUCCCGAUGCGACUUGGAUGCCACUGUCAUCCUUGCCCUUCCUUCACACCCACAAUGUCCACUAGGAAGUCCACGAAGCUCCGUAUACCACAUUCUCAGGAAGACUGCGAACUGGUUGGCAUUUUGGAACAACUGACACCUACAGAGUCCACACAGGGCACAAAGAUCGCCCUGAUUCUCCAUGGGACCAUGGGGCAUAAAGACUACUUAUUCCAAAAGCGUCUUGCACUACGUUUUCCGAUGGACUCGUUCAGAUUUGAUUUCCGCGGCAAUCACGAAAGUGGGGGCAAACGGAAACAAAGCGGAUUUGCGAAAGACGUCGAGGACCUUGUGACGGUCGUUUCUUACCUCCGCAAUGCGUAUGGGUACGAGAUUGAUGUGGUGGUGGGCCAUUCCCGUGGUUCUGUGGCCGGGAUGUAUUGGCUAUGCACGUCUGAAGAAGGCCAACGUGCUCAUGGCAUGAUCAAUGUGUCAGGCCGUUACCGAAUGCAUCGAAUUUACGAUGCUGCCGAGACCUACAAAGAACAGUGGGACGCCAAAGGUUACUACGAGCGGACCGUAACAGUUGCUCGACAAGCAAUUGUGGAAAGGAUCUAUCCAGAAGAUCUAGAGGAAUUCUCUCAGUGGAAUACAGCCAUUGUUUGGGACAAAUUUCCCGCUCAAAUCGAUGUUCUGACAAUGCAUGGUCUCGCCGAUAAGACAGUUCCUGCAUAUGACGCGAUUAUUUACUCUCGAGCACUUGGGGCAAGAACGCCUGGAACCCACAGCCUCCAUUUAAUUGAGGAGGCCGAUCACAAUUUUACAAAUCGCCAAGACGAGGUUGUAGACUGCAUCCUGGAGUGGUGGGAUGGUAUUGGCCAAGGACGCUUGAAAACAGGUAUAUUGAUGACAGGCGUACGUGGCAAACUGUGAUUGUCAGGGCCUGGCCCUUGGGAAAAGUAGUUGAAUAUACACUCUUUUUCCUGGACACCAAGGAGUGGAAAUAUAGUGUGAGUGCACCACCCGAACUGUCCAGGUCGGUCCCUAUUUUUCUUCGGACCAGCUGCGCCGUGCCGCAGGAUUUCUGGGCGCCAUACGCUCUCAUGCUCUGGCGCGAAUCUGUUCAUCCGCAUGUUAGUCUCAUUGUUGCUUGGCACGGAAGACUAAUAAAUGGCGUUGGCUGUGUAAUUUCAUAUACUCGCUCGGGCGAAUAGGUUAAAAGAUAGUAAUAGAAAGUUUGAAACAAACACAAUAACGCAUCAAUG